AUCUUCUUGUGAGUUCGUCUCUAAGUUUUCUCCUGCAAUUUGUGUUGAAUAUAUAUAUAUAUAUAUAUAUAUAUAUGCGUGUGUGUGUGCGUUAUACCUUUUGGUGCCUUCUGUUGUGUAGAUUAUCUAUCCUGGUUCAAUCAGCUUGUCUUGAGCACCUUAAUAUUUCUAUUAGUAAAAUACAGAUUUUGCAUUCAUGUGGAAACUUCUAAGUUAAGAUCAAUUAAUUUUUCAAAAUAGAGAGUCUUGGAGUAACUGGUAAAGUUAUGUCAACCCUUGGAAACAACCUCCUGCAGAAAUGCAAGCUGAUUAUCCUAGGUUUGGAGAUGGAAAGUAGUAUGAAGAACGAACUCUACUCAGACAUUUUGGAUAUGUCAAACCUUCAAUCGAGUCUUAGGUCGACGAUCAACACAGGAAACAAUGAUUCACAAGACAGCGAUUGGUGCGACUUAUGGAGUGAUGAUGGAGAUUUGUGUCAUGAUUCUACUGAUAAGUUGGAUAAAACAUCUGAAAUUGACAGGGAAUGGCAGAGGCGGCAUGACCAAUUCCAUACUAUUGGAUACCGUGAUGGUCUUAUGGCAGGGAAAGAAGCUUCAGCUCAAGAAGGUUUUAAUGUUGGUUUUAGGGACUCUGUAUAUGUUGGAUACAACUGGGGUCUUGUCAGAGGUAUCACUAGUGUUUUCGCCUCUCUUCCUGACGGCUUAAAAGAAAGAAUGGUUGAUACAAAGGAAAUCCAGAAUAAGUUCCAGCACUUACAUGAGUCUCUGCAAUCUCGUUCAACAGUGGAAAUGCUUAAGGUGUUCCAUGAUAGUCUGUCAAAGAAAUCGGAAGAGAGCGUUGAAAAUGACAACUCUAGCUCCUGCUUGGCAGAUUCCAAUGACCUCAGCUCCAAUGACAAUCUUCUUGAGAAUUACCAGAAAGAGCUACAAUCACUUAUUGAUGAGUCAGGCCUCAAAUUGCACUUAGAUACAAAGGAGUAGCUUUUUCUUUUCUAGCUUUACUCGCUGAAGUCACUUUCACUUUCUUGAGAAGUGAUAUUUUUCAUCACAAUUCAUGAAAUUGCAUUCAGAAAGAGAAGAAAAUAGUAUAAUUUUCAUCACAAUCCAUGAAAUUGCAUUCAGAAAGACAAGAAAAUAGUAUACUUGAAUGCAUAGUUUGUACAUAGAAUAUUUCUAUUAUCCACCAUUGUAUGUGCGGUUUAAGUUACAAAUGUGUUGUAUUCUGAAGAAUAUUUCUAUUAUCCAACAUUGUAUGUGCAGUUUAAGUUACAAAUGUGUUGUAUUCUGAAGAGAAAUUACAGUUUGCGCUUUGUCUCAA